CCGUAGUCUCCGUUCCCUCCUGGCUUCCCUCUCCGGGACAGCCGAUAAGCCGUCUCCUAUCGAGAGAUAAGCUCCGGAGUACUGUAUGUGCUCUGUCGGUCAGCAAAGGCUCGAAUCACUUUUCUCCCUCUGCCAGCUGCUGUGCGUCGCUCUUUUUUGAUCAUUAUCCAUUCCUACCUUAUCUACGGAGUACUCCGUAUUUGCUAUCGUUCUAUACUAUCCCAUAGGGGAGCGUGGCCAUGUUCCGUAGCUAUUUGCUAUCCUCGGCGUCCGUGUCCCUCCUCUUUGCCUCCUUGUCCUCGUCCGUCCGAGCUAUACAGCCAUCCGCCCCCGACCCCGUUGCGGCGCCAUUGCGCGAUCUGAAAUGGGGACAGAUCAAUUUCCUACACACCACGGACACCCAUGGAUGGUUAGCUGGUCAUCUGCAAGAACCCUCGUACUCGGCUGACUGGGGUGACUAUGUCUCCUUUGCCUCCCGCAUGCGCGAGAAGGCAGAGUCCGUGGGCUCGGAUUUACUGGUGAUUGAUACCGGUGACAGAGUGGAAGGAAAUGGGCUCUACGACUCUUCGGAACCUAAGGGCAUCUAUGUCUCCGAGAUCUUGCGAGAGCAACACAUUGACCUGAUCUCGUCGGGCAAUCAUGAACUUUAUAAGCAGUCAACGUCAGAAGCCGAGUUUUACACCACGGUGGCCAAUUUUCGUGAUAACUAUCUAGCAUCGAACAUCGAUAUCUUCCACCCGGUUCUCAAGGUGUUUGUACCAUUGGCACCUCGCUUCAAGAAGUUUACCACCAAGCAACAGGGCAUACGCAUUAUGGCUUUUGGGUUUCUUUUCAACUUUAACAAGAACAACAAUAACACUGUUGUCCGGUCUGUGCAGAAGACAAUCAAGGAGGAAUGGUUCCAGGAUGCUAUUAGGGACAAAGGCGUGGACCUAUUCGUGGUGAUUGGGCAUGCCCCGGUACGCUCCAUUGAAUUUCAUGACAUAUUUUGGGAAAUAAGGUCUAUCCGUUGGGAUACACCAAUCCAGUUCUUUGGUGGCCAUCACCACAUCCGAGACUACGUUCAUUUUGAUUCCAAGGCCUACGGUCUGGCCAGCGGCCGGUUCAUGGAAACCAUUGGGUUCAUGUCAAUUAACGGCGUUUCUAAUGCCACUCACCGCAUACCGCCCAUUUUAGCAGCUCCACAUUUCAACCGGAAGUACAUCGAUAAUAAUCUCCUGUCUUUUUAUCAUCAUACAGGCCUCAAUGAGGAAACCUUCCCUACAGAGCAUGGAACAAAUGUAUCCCUGCUUAUUCAAGAUUCCCGAAGCGCUCUUCAGCUGGAUGAGGUGCUCGGCUGUGCCCCCCGAGAUCUCUGGAUGUCCCGGGUCAAGUAUCCGGCCGAUGACAGUAUUUAUACCUGGCUGGAGAAGGAAGUGCUACCCGUAUCGCUGGGAGACGAUUCUCGUGCUGGGAAGCCAGCCCUUGCUAUAGUCAACACUGGUGCUAUUCGCUUUGAUAUAUUCAAGGGCCCCUUUACCCAGGAUACUACAUACAUUGUUUCUCCGUUCACGAGCGGUUUCCGUUACGUGAAAGAUAUCCCGUACAAAAAGGCCAGUUUUGUCGGUGAGGUGCUAAACAAGCUGCCCGGAAUCUUGAUUCAAAACCAUCAACUAGACUUUCCAGCCUGGCGGCUUGCCCCUCCCGAGCAGUCGGCGUAUACCGAUGAUAUUUCUGGCGACAUUGGCGGUCGAUCACGCGCCGGCUUCCUUGCCAAUCAAGCCACAUUCCUGAGUAGUGGCUUUGACGAGCCCGAUCUGAUACCCGGAUACACUACCAAAGACGAUGCAGGCACCGAUGGCGAUGACACUAUCCACUCGCGCAUCCCCUUUUACCGUGUGCCAAAUUGUAUUCAGGCAUUGGCUCCUUCGGAUCCAAACUCAACGCCGGAAACAGUGGACCUCGUCUAUGUCGAUUUCAUAGAAUCCGACGUGGCUAUGGCGGCCACCUUCGCGGGACUACAUGUUGAUUUCUCGCGCGACAGUGACGUUUAUAUGCCGUCUACAACGCUAACGACUUUAAUAUCGGACUGGGUGAAGAAAAAUUGGCCUUGUAACGAAGGAUGAGCCCCCCACUCAAAUUGCCUCUCACUUUGUUAUUGGUACAAUUAUGUGGAUCGCCUGAUGGGGGCCACUGGGCUCGAGUCUUUUUCUAGACGAAUUGUUUGGUCUCUCGCGCACUGCAGAUGGAGCUGGUCGAAGUUUAGAUAGAUGCU